GGAGCUGCCUUGCGUAAUUCAUUGAGCAAUCUCCUUUUCUUCCCUGUGAAACCCACAGCUCCUGCUCUGUUUCACACUGUUUCACUCUGAAGUUUCUACUUGUGCCUGGUGGUUCACGGUAAUGCAGAUAAAAUGCAUGUAAUAACCAACACCUGUGUCCUUUUUUUGUGGAUGCAUCUAGUGACUUUUGUGCAAAGCCAAGGUUGUACACUUCAGGAGUUUAUAGAUGGCCGCCACUAUGACUCAAAUUUUGACAUAACUGGUCUGGAAGCUAGCUACGCUGGUGGAAGGCAGGUGAGAGUGGGCUGCAAUAUUGGCUACACUGGCUUUUUCAAGCUGAUCUGUGUGGAAGGACAAUGGCAGACUAGAGGCAGCAAAUGCCAACCAAAGUCAUGUGGUCAUCCUGGCGAUGCCCAGUUUGCGGAUUUCCAUCUUGAAGAGGGAGACGAUUUUGUUUUUGGGUCAAAGGUUGUAUACACUUGCCACAAAGGCUAUCAGAUGGUCAGUAGGACGAAAUUCCGGCGCUGCAUGGCAGAAGGCUGGGAUGGUGUUGUUCCAGUCUGUGAAGCCCAGCAGUGUCCAGUGAUUCAUGUGGGCAGCAAUGUCCAGGUGAUUGGGGAUCCAGAAGAAGCAAACUAUGGCAAUGUAGUUCGAUUUAGAUGCAAGUCAAGCUCUGAAGUUCUGGAAGGGUCAGCAGAGAUGUAUUGUGAUGAAAACGGACAGUGGAGUGGGACAGAACCAAAAUGCACAGAAAUAAAAUGUACAGUCCCCCGGAUUGAACAUGGUGUGGUGCUUGGAGGUGUCCAAGAGUACAAAGAAAAUCAAGUCCUGAAUUAUCGGUGUGAUCCUCAAUACAAGCGUGCUGAAGAAAGACAAUCAAGAUGCUUGAAAGUGGGAACAAAAGCAGAGUGGAGUCCUACACCUGCAUGUGAAAAAAUAAAAUGUGAAGUGAGACUGCCAGCACUUGAAGGAACACGAUUUGAACCUGCUUCCAGAAGUGUGUUUUUUCCUGAUGACACACUCAGAGUUUUCUGUGGAGAGAAACAUUGGAUUGUGGACUAUCAGACCACCUCAGCACAGACGACUUGCCAAAGUGAUGGAACGUGGAGUAUCAGGCCACUCUGCAAAGAGGUCAUAUGCGACAAUCCACGAGACUCACGUGUGUACAGCUGGGGUGUCAGUUGGUACGAACAGAAAAAACUGGGUGACUCUGUGUAUUACAGGUGUAGAUAUGGUUAUCAGAGUACAAGUAGAACCAAUCAGGCCACUUGCACCAGAGAUGGAUGGACACCAAAACCAUUGUGUAAAGGUACUACUCAGGCUGUAGGCUGA